GUGUGAUUUGAGUUUGACAGCUUCUUCCCACCGUAAACUGUGUAGGUGUUUGCGCUUACUUUUAACUGACAUUUAGUGUAAGCUGAGCUGCAUAUAACCAUGAUGAAGACCCAGCAAAGUCCACAAGAAUUAAGUCGAGACCCAUCAGUGCAGCAUGACCUACUGCCAGAAUUUCCCAGGGGUCCACUAACUGUGUAUCGUGAAAGAGCUUCUUUCAGCUGGAAAGAAAUGUUACUGUUUUUAUAUGGAGAAGACAUUGUACAGUUCAGGAAAAAAAUAUUUUCUACAUUGGAAAAUGAUACAUUAUUUGCCCGCCAGCCAGGAGAGGACUUAAAUCUAAAUCAGAAUCGUGAGCUGACAUUCUUACGAUGUAAGCGGCUGUUUGAGUACGAGUUCCUUACUGUGGAAGAAGCCAUGGAAAACCCAAUUAAAAUGCUUGAGCUCUCCAAUUGCAUAGGCAUGUAUGACUGGUCAUUAUCUGCAAAGUAUGGUCUGAAUAAACAAAUGUUUGGUGGAAUAGUUGCCACCUCUGGGUCAAAACAAUACAGAAAAUUUGUUGACCAGAUCAAUAACAUGGAGAUUUUUGGAUGCUUUGCCUUAACUGAAUUAAGUCAUGGAAGCAAUACCAGAGCUAUAAGGACAACUGCCAGAUACGAUCCUGAAACACACGAGUUCAUCCUAAAUUCACCUGAUUUUGAAGCUGCCAAGUUCUGGGUUGGUAAUAUGGGCAAAACAGCGACACACUCUCUUGUUUAUGCACAGCUAAUUACACCGGACGGACAGUGCCAUGGGAUUCAUUCCUUUGUAGUCCCAAUAAGAGAUCCCAAGACGCUCCUUUCCAUGCCAGGUGUGAUGGUCGGUGAUAUGGGCAAAAAACUGGGACAGAAUGGCUUGGACAAUGGGUUUGCCAUGUUUUAUAAUGUUCGGAUACCUCGAGAAAAUCUGCUAAACAAAACAGGAGAUGUCACAGCUGAAGGAAAAUAUGUUACUCCAUUUAUGGAUGCUGACCAGCGGUUUGGUGCCUCCCUUGGUGCAUUAUCAUCUGGCAGGGUCAACAUCACUGCCAUGGCAUCUGUUAAUCUUAAGUUGGCCAUAUCAAUAGCUAUUCGCUUUUCAGCAACUCGAAGACAAUUUGGGCCCACAUCAGAUGAGGAAAUACCAGUACUGGAAUACCAGCUGCAGCAAUGGCGUCUCUUUCCUUAUUUGGCUGCUUCGUAUGCAUUAGAUUACUUCUCCAGAUCUCUGAUUAUGAACUUUUUUGAGCUUCAUUUAGGCCUUAUGAUGAAUGAUAAAAGUCAAAGACAGGCUGACUUGGGAAGAGAAAUGCAUGCACUCUCUAGUGCUAGCAAACCAUUGGCUUCAUGGACUGCUCAGCGAGGAGUACAAGAAUGCCGAGAAGCUUGUGGAGGACAUGGUUACCUUGCCAUGAAUCGCUUGGGAGACAUCCGCAAUGACAAUGACCCAAACUGCACCUAUGAAGGAGACAACAAUGUCCUACUGCAGCAAACUAGCAAUUACCUUCUUAGCUGGGUGAGAGUACUACAUGAUGGAAAAACACCUGUUCAGUCUCCAUUAGGUUCUGUUGACUUUCUGAAGGACUUCACUUCAAUCCUUGCAGGAAAAUUCAUGGCUUCCACGGUUACUGAAUGCAUAGAUUCUGCAGUUCCACUGGCAGCAUAUAAGUGGUUGGUUUGCUUCCUGUUGCAAGAAAGUAAUCUAAAGUUAAAUCAAGAAAGGCAGUCUGGAACAUGUGACUUUGAAGCCAGAAAUAACAGCCAAGUGUAUUAUUGUCGGUCUCUGGCAAUUGCAUAUAUUGAGCAUACUGUUUUGCAACGGUAUCAUGACUUUACUCAUGAUUCCAACAUCCCUCCAUCCCUGCAACCAGUGCUUCAGAGGCUGAGUGCCCUCUAUGGUUUGUGGUCACUAAGCAAUCAUAUGGCUACUCUUUACCAAGGGGGAUAUUUUAGGAGUCAGGAGCCUGCUAUCAUACAAGAUGCUAUUCUGAAGCUUUGCACACAGCUAAAAGAUGAUGCUGUUGCUCUGGUUGAUGUCAUUGCUCCUCCUGACUUCAUUCUGAACUCACCAAUUGCCAAGGCUGAUGGUGAGAUCUACAAAAACCUUUGGACCACAAUUCUCCAGAGCAAUGAGGUGUUAUCAAGGCCAUCGUGGUGGGCAGAGUUUUGUGCUAAGAAACCCAUUGUAGGCAGCUUGAGAUCAAAAAUUUAGGGUAAACAAAUACUACAUCCUACUGGAUGGACAAUAUUUCAGCCAAAUGUAUUACUGAUUAAUUCAGGACUUUAAAAUAAUUUGUGUCUGAGACACAUCUAUUUUGUAAUUGAAGUGAUCUGUCUGUGCUGUAUUCAGCUUGAUUAUUUUAAUGCUUUCUUUCAGUUUUCUGCAUUGUUUAAUGCAUGUAGACAUGUAAAGUAGAAUAGUCCUAUGAAACUGUAAAUGUGAUUAUUUGAAAUAAAGCUGUUGGUAUUCAUCAGA